AUGACACUUGUGUCAAGAGACACCGCUCUCCCUUUUUUUUUGUAUCCAGUGGUAGCAGCGAACGACCUGAAGUGGGUGAUCCAAAGCGGGAUGUUCCGGCCGUUUAUCGAAGUGAACCUAAUCGGGCCGCAUCUCGCCGACAAGAAGCGGAAGUUCGCCACCAAGUCCAAGAGCAACAACUGGAGUCCGAAGUUCGGCGAAACCUUCCAUUUCAUGAUAAGCGCCAACGAGCAACUAGCGCUGUUCGAGCUCCACAUCUGCGUGCGCGACUACUGUUUCGCUCGCGAGGAUCGUUUAGUCGGCGUCGCUGUCAUGCGACUCGCCGACAAUAUCGACCAGAACUCAUGUGCCGCUUGGCUCCCACUUGGCACGCGUGUGAAAAUGGAUGAGACGGGGUGGACGAUCCUCAGGAUCCUCUCGCAGCGGCACAGCGACGAGGUCGCCAAGGAGUUCGUCAAGCUCAAGUCGGAGAUGCGGUCGGAGGCUCCGGCCGGCGCCGGGCCCCCGGGCCAGGGGCCCUCGUGAAACCCGUCCCCCGCCACUCGCGAGCCACAGUUCUUCUAGCGACGUCCGCACGGACGCCACCGAGAAUCGCCGAUCUCACCGAUCGCAGUGAUACUCGCUCCACGGUCCUCAAACCUGUCUAAACACUCCGAUGUGUUGUUACCGCUCGAGUUGUGAGACAUGGGGUCACGGAGAUUCCGCCGGAGAAGCAGACAUGACGCUAGGCGCUGCGGCGGUUUCCGGUCAGUGCUCCUUUUAUUUAGUACGGCCUCGUGGCGUAUUUUGUAAAUAUUAUAACAGUAUUAAGUUACGCGACAAGUAGAAAUAUUUUGCACAAAUUCCUUAAAGUUAGCGAAAAAGACUGACCGUAGGCGGCCGCGGUCGCCGCGACGUCCACGCGCUCUAGGUAUUCAGCAAAUAAAUCUACACUGCACUUUCAUAGACACACACUACUUAUUUUAUCGUGUCGUGACUUUAAAUAUUCCAUACAAACGGAUUUGAUAGGUUAAAGUUACUUACUAUAUGAUUGACUUUAAUUUUUAUUUUUCGCACAUUUUGCUGGGUGACUAAAGGGGUGGACGAUUCACAAUUUAUGUAAUAAUACUUAUAUGGACCAAACUGUCACAAAUACGGAUACAUUUAUCCUAAUCCAUUAACGUUAAAUCAACAUUAUUUAUCUAAUUAAUCAUCUACUCGUUAUACGUGUACAGUAAAAUAAUAUAUGGCCUUAUGUAAAUUAUUUCCUCGUUUGUUUGAGAAUACUUUGCUUGUGUCAAGUUAAAAGGUACUAAGGGUCGGUACAGGCGGACUGCA